GAGGAAGGCGCAGCUGAGCGCCGCCGAGAAGUAGUAGGCCUCGGUGCGCUCCAUUGCUCGCGCCGGGGCUGGGGCCGGGGCACCGGGCAAGAAACGCGAGGACGCCGCCUCCCCGCCGCCUCAGGACAAGGCGAGCCCGGACUUACUGAUUCACUGAUCCUACUCACAGGAUCAUCUUGGAAAAAUUAAUUGGAUCACCAGUGCUAAAGGUUUGACUGAUUCGGAAGCAGCAUACAGUACUGCUGUGUUGCAAGAUGCAGUGUUUAACACAUCGACUGGAACUGUUUCCUGACUGCCUUGUUACUCUUAUCCUGUUUAAUGAUGUGAAAAAUGCUGCCACGCUAAGAAAAAAAGCAAUGGAAGGAGCUAUUGAUGGAGCAUUAAUUAAUCCUGCAAUGAUUGUUGAUCCAUUUCAGUUACUUGUGGCAACGAAUAAAGCUGUACAUCUCUACAAGACCAAUAAAAUGAAGACAAGAACUCUUAACGCUGAAAUAAUAUUCAACCUUUCCCCGAACAAUAAUAUUUCAGAUGCCUUCAGAAAGUUUGGCAUUUCGGACAGUGACACUGCAGUACUCGUCGUUCUAGUUGAAGACCAAGAGAAAACCGUGAAUCUGGACGACGUAAUAGGUCAAGUGGAAGGCCAGCAAGUCUCCUUAGCAGAUCUCCCCAAAAUAACAGAUCUACAGAAAGUUAAAAAGGUUUUCAGGAUAAUCUGUCUUUUCAAAAGCUGGACCAUGUGUGGGGGUGUGGGAUCUGUAGAAAAAAAAUAUCUAGAGCUGGAAGAGGGAAGGAUCUGAAGCUUCUGAAACACUUCAGCAGUAUUAUCAUGGAAAAUUAAAGGCUUGUUUUCAUUGCCUGACAAAGCAAAUGGCACAUGGAAUAUAUCAUCCAACUUGUUGGCUGGAGAGCAGACACUAUUUUUGGUAGUUUGAACUAACGGCAAGCAGGUACGUUUUAAGUCAUAUCCUUUUUUGAACAUGUGUGAAAAAUCACUCCAGCCCAGUUAACAUAAACAGAAGAGAUCGUAAAAACAGAAGGGAUCGCUUGUGCCCCUAGAGUUGAAACACACCAACAGUGCCUUAGGGUUUG